AAUUCUUGAAUAUUUAAAUUCAGUAGAAUUAAAUAAUUAUGAAGUAGAAUUGUUUGAUGAAUCUUUUAAUAAUACAGAAGAUAAGAUUGAUAGUUAUGAUAUGAAAACAUUUUUAGAUGAGAUUGAUGGCUAUGAUACAGAAACGUUUUUAGAAGAUUCGAAUAAUAAAAAUUAUGCUAAUACUGAUGAAGAUUGGAAAUGA